CAGAAGCCAUCUUUUAUUUUCCUCCGUCAUGAAGGCGUCUCUUCCGUUCCCUGGCUGGUUCAGAGUGGUGGUCUUGGUCCUGUGUUGGACCCGGACCCUCCUGGCCUCGGUCCUCACCAACUCCACCAGCCUGGAGUCCAUCCUGGACCAGUACCGGGACCAGGACGAGGAGUGGUGGAGGGCCCGGUCCAGAGGGAAGAGGGCCAUCAGUGAAGGGGACAUGCACCUGAUCCUGGACCUGCACAACAAACUGAGGGGUCAGGUCCACCCUCCGGCCUCCAACAUGGAGUACAUGGUUUGGGAUUACGAGUUGGAGCGUAGCGCCGAGCACUGGGCGUACUCCUGCCGAUGGGAGCAUGGACCCAGCCACAUGUUGACACAAAUAGGCCAGAACCUGGGAGCACACUGGGGCAGGGACCGGCCCCCUACGUACCACGUCCAGGCCUGGUACGAUGAGGUCCGCUACUACAGCUACCCCUACUCCCAGGAGUGUAACCCUCACUGCCCCUUCAGGUGUUCAGGACCUGUUUGUACUCACUACACUCAGUUGGUGUGGGCGACCAGCAACCGUAUCGGCUGUGCCAUCAACGUGUGUUACAACAUGAACGUUUGGGGAAUGAUCUGGACUAAAGCCGUCUAUCUGGUCUGCAACUACUCUCCACCGGGCAACUGGUGGGGUCAUGCUCCCUACAAGUAUGGAGCUCCGUGUUCUGCCUGUCCAGCGAGCUACGCUGGAGGCUGCAGGGACAACCUCUGCUACAAAGAUGGGGGUGUUGACAGGCGUCCAGCUCCGGAGAUUGAGGACAACUACAUAGAACCAGAACCAGAACCAGUGAGGGACCGGGAGCCCCAGCCCAGGGCCCAGACCCCCAACCCCUCCCCCAAUGACCAGCUGGAGAGGAACCAGGUGGUCAGCACAGAGCAGAUGUGUCAACAGGUCGACUGUGAGACUAAGCUGAGAGAUCGGUGCAAGGGGACAACAUGUAAUAGAUACGAGUGUCCACCUGGCUGUCUGGACUCGCCCGGGAAAGUGGUUGGGACUGGAUAUUAUGACAUGCAAUCCAGUGUGUGUGGAGCCGGCUUACACUCUGGUGUUAUUGACAAUGACGGAGGAUGGCUGGAUGUGACCCGACUGGGCAGAAAACAACAAUUCACCAAGUCAUACAAGAAUGGUAUUCAAUCAAUUGGGAAAAACAGAAGUGCAAAUUCUUUCAAAGUGGAGUCGGUGCCUGUCAAGGCGGUCACAUGUGACACCACCGUCGCACUUUUCUGCCCUUUCAAGAAACCUGUACGACACUGUCCCAGGUUGUAUUGUCCCAGGAACUGUCUGCGGGACAGCCGAGCCCGAGUCGUCGGGACCAAAUACUACUCAGAUAAAUCCAGCAUCUGCCGAGCGGCGCUGCAUGCCGGAGUGAUCCAGAACGAGUCGGGAGGUUACCUGGACGUGAUGCCGGUGGACCGACGGAGACAAUACAGCGCUAGCUACCAGAACGGAAUCACCUCAGAGAGUCUAGUGAACCCAACAGCUGGAAAAGCCUUCAGAGUGUUUGCAGUCAUCUGAAAACCACUGAACAAGGCCACAUCACAUCCAGUCACAGCCUCAUUACCAUCUACAACCUGGAAUUACACUCAUUACCAUCUACAACCUGGAAUUACACUCAUCCCUGCAGUAAAUAAUCCAGCCUGUCACAUUCUGGCACUAAAAGUGGCGUUCCUCAAGGCUUCCUCUGGCUGAAGAC